CUGUCAAGCCAAUAAUUACAAAUGCUCAACGCUAUUGAGUUGACAACAGCAGAAAAACGUUUUGCUCUUGCUACGCCCACUGGAAUCCGCCACAGGGACCCGAAAAGUCGGUCAGAACUACUGUACUGCCAGUUUAGUAAUCCCGAUAAUCAAUAAAAUGCAGGACGACAUUGAUAACUUAAUUUUAGCAGACCAAAUAGCACAGCAAUGUCGUCGGACUAUACUGUUGGAAAUCCAAAAGCGAUUUGGACAAAUGGAGCAGGUCUCAAUAUUGACAACGGCUACAAUUUUGGAUCCGCGCUUCAAAAAGUAUUUUUUUAAAAACAAGCUUGUCGUAGCUGCAGCUAUAAAAAAAAGCUGCCAAGUACGGGAUUCUUGGAUAAUACCAGUAACAUUGACCUUUUGGAUGCUGAAUCAUAUGAAGACGUUGUUGGGGGUGAUCCAGGAACUUUUUGGAAAAUGUUAA